CACGCGAACACACUAGUGCUCCCUGACAGGAGACAUACUUCUGGAGAGGUAAGACAUUUUUGGUGAAAACCCUGGCUUGUUUUCGCUGGAACUGUGAUUUAUAUGCCCGUUCAUUAAUAAGAUCAGUCCAUCAACUGUAUAUGAUGUAUGCACAGUUUGUUUGGCAUCGUGGUUCAUAGGAUGCUUGACUGUCACCCAGCUGUGAUUUUGAUCAAACUGUAUGUCCUCGUGAGAAUAGUUGUUAAUUGAAGAACAGCUGUUAAUAUAUAUUAGCAUAUAUGCUUCACUCAUCCUUUUGCUAUUUCGUGGUCUUCUUCCUGUUCACUAUACCCUGAAAAAAACAUACCAGUAUUACAGCAUACUUUGAUUUAUCAGUCAACAUUAUACACAUUCACUGUAUCUGUAAAGUCAUUGUUUAACUUUCUGGGCUAUAGUGAUGUAAUCCAAAGUCAUUCAUGAGGUUUGAUGGCAUUAUAAAUGGCGUCAUUCGCUGUCCAUGGUGCUGAGAUUUUCUGCUCUGAUGUCCAGAUACCUGAUGAUACAUUGUAAAAAAAAAAAAAAAAAAAAAGUAAUUAAUUCCCACUUUUAUGUUCAUGAAUAUUAACUGAAAGGUAUUCAAAAUUAUUACGUGAGCAUCACACAUUUGGGAGGAUUUGAUGUCUUGAGCGCCAUUCAAAGGAAUCUAAAUUUUGUGUUUACUUGUUGAAUCCGCUUGAGAAGGCCUCCUCUCAUCUGAUAGGCUACUGUCAUUCACAACCACCACACGGGCCAAAGUACAUAUAACACGUCGGUAUUGUGCUAUAUACAAUAUGGCUGUAGAAACUUUGAUUUCCUUGCAGUGAGCAAUGAGAUCGCAUGGUGUCAGUGUGCUUGGAAAAUAACGGCUUUAACUUGUCGUCACUGCUUUUUGGUUCCACCUUUUUUAUCGCUCUCGGUUCGAUGAAGGCAGUAUCCGUUGGCGGCUUGCUGCUGUCUUUAUACAUUUUGCAGAGUGGUUAUUUUUAACUUCAACAGAGUGAACAUUUGCAUACUCGGAUGUGUUGAAUUCGUUUCUUACAACAUGGUUAUUUAAUCCCGUGAGGAAUAUUUUUAACCAUGGAACAAAGAGGAUGCGACGCAAGAAGGGCGAGAAGACAGUGGGUCGGCUGCGUGGUUGCUGUGCUUUUGUGGAGCGUGGCCUCAGCGCAAUUACGAUAUUCAAUCUCGGAGGAAGUUAACGAAGGAACUGUGGUUGGAAAUAUUGCAAAGGACCUGGGAUUAGAUAAAAUCACGUUGAAAGACAGAAAGUAUCGGAUUGUUUCAAGUUCUACGGAACCUCUGUUUCAUGUAGAUCAGAAUGACGGGGUCUUGUACGUAAAGCAGAAGAUUGACAGAGAAGAGGUAUGCGAGCGAAUCAGUAUAUGUUUGAUCAACCUGAAAACUAUUCUGGAAGAUCCACUGGAGGUCCAUUAUGUUGCAGUGGAAGUUCUGGAUAUAAAUGACCAUUCUCCAAGUUUCCCAGAGAAAGAGAAAAUGCUGGAGAUUUUUGAGUCUGUGUUACCUGGAGCACGUAUUCCGCUACAAGCCGCACGAGAUCCAGACGUAGGCCAUUUCUCUGUUCAGCAGUAUAAACUCAGCCCCAAUGACCACUUUCGUUUGGAAGUUAAAGAUAAGGGAGAAGAUGGUAAAAUACCUAUAUUGAUUGUUAAAAAAUCUUUGGAUAGGGAAAUUGCGGAAAGCCACUCAUUAGUGCUGACAGCAGUGGAUGGAGGUAAACCUCCGAAAUCUGGCGACAUGAGUAUUCUGGUAAACGUUUUAGAUGUCAAUGAUAAUGCGCCAGUUUUUUCUCAAGACAUUUACUCUGUGAUGCUGGAUGAAAAUGCUCCAGUAGGAACUACAGUCUUACAAGUGAAUGCAACUGAUUUAGAUGAUGGACCAAAUGGAGAUGUAGUUUAUUCAUUCAGCAACAGUGUUAGUCAUAGAUUAUUAAGCCUUUUUGAUAUCAAUCCAUCAACAGGGGAACUUAUUGUGAAAGAUUCAAUAGACUAUGAAAAGAAGAACAAAUAUGAGAUUGAAAUUCAAGCAUCAGAUAAAGGUCUGGCUCCGCUGGCUACACAAAAAAGCAUCAUUAUCAAAAUAGUUGACGUGAAUGAUAACGCACCUGAGAUUGAAGUUACUUCAUUUUCAAGUUCCAUCCCUGAAGAUUCCAGACCUGGAACUACAGUUGCCCUUAUCAGUGUAAAUGACUUGGACUCUGGUCUCAAUGGAAAAGUGAUUUGCUCCAUAAAUGAUGAAGUCCCAUUUACUUUAUCACCAUCUUCACAAGACAGAAUGUUUUUAUUAGUCACCAAAUCGCCGCUGGACAGAGAGAAAAAGUCACAUUAUAUCAUAACAGUACAUGCAAAAGACACUGGGCAGCCUCCAUUAUCGUCUGAAAAGACAAUAAGCGUUGUUGUAAGAGAUGUGAAUGACAACAGACCAGAGUUUUCACUGAGUCCCUAUACUUUCUAUGUCACUGAA